AUGCCGCUGCUACGGCUUCACAAGAAGUCCGAAAAGGACGACGACAGCCACCCUCCGCCUCGCGCCCCCGAAACACCUGAAUUCCGCAUCAUCCGCUCAGAUACCCACACCGAAGAGACCAUCCACUCAAUAGAAAGCCCCACGGCCUCCUCCCCGCGCAAGUCCUUUGGCUUCUUCCGCCGGUCUGUAGAUAGCGGCCGCAGCAGCCACAGCCAGGACUCCCCCUCGCCGCGAGAAAGCCGCUUUUCACGACUACAUAUCGGCGGCCGUCGGUCGAGGUCAGGCAGCUCCUCGUCUGUGAAUAUACCGGAGAACCUGCCGGAGGUUGGGAGUCAUAUCGUGGAUGAGCAGGAGCGGGAGGCUCAGUGGGAGAAGCGCGCGACGGUUUUGGUGCAAAAGGGCUCGCAUUCUUCUCUCUCGCUGGGAGUGCAGCAGAACAGCAAUGGCAGGUCGAGAAGCUCGAGUGUCGGUAGAGUGAACGAUCCUGAGGGAGAUGAAACUAUACAAGAGGCUAUACGACUACAUGAAGAGGGAGAUCUAGAAAAGUCAACACACAUCUUCGGAAAGCUGGCUGAUCCCCAAGGCCAGAAUAACGCCCUAAGUCAAGUCCUCUUCGGCCUCGCCCUACGACACGGAUGGGGCUGUGAACCCAAUACCGAAAUGGCAGUCCAAUACCUUAGUGCCGCAGCAUCGAAUUCAGCCUCUAUCGAAGAAGAGGCCCUUCGUGCCGGCAUGGUGAAAGGCGGUGCUGCAAAGGGCGAAUUGGUGCUUGCUAUCUAUGAGCUGGCAAACUGCUACCGUAACGGAUGGGGUGUCGCCAAAGAUCCCGCUGCUGCCCGGCAGUAUUAUGAAACAGCUGCCAACCUGGGAGAUACAGAUGCCAUGAACGAGGUUGGGUGGUGCUACCUAGAAGGUUUUGGUGGAAAGAAGGACAAGUUUACUGCAGCCAAGUAUUAUAGACUUGCUGAGAAGAACGGGAAUAAGACGCUGGGGAAUUCUUGGAUCUGGAAGGAUAAAUAUAAUCCGAAAUAA